AUGAAUUUCUUUAACGGCGGGCAGAUUGAAGUGGAUGAGAACGUGUUUGGACGUGGGAUGGACUCGCUGCAGGCGAUGAAGCUGCUGCGGUUUGUCACGGCUAGUCUUCGGGAGGUGGGUAAAGAGCAGGGCUGCAAGCUUACUCCGCGAGCAAUCUAUCAGCGUCCUACUGCGAGUGCGAUGGCGAAGAUGCUGAUGCAGGGGGAGGGUGUGGGAGGUGAGGAAGGUGAUGACUCACUGGGUCAGAUGCAGCGAUUGCUUAACGACUAUACUAGGAGGAUUGAUCGAAUGGAGAAGCAGGUCGACAAGAAGUCAUCAUCCAGGAAUGUUGGAGUCUUGACCGGAUCGACUGGUUCCCUCAGCUCGUACUUCUUGGAUGCUUUGAUCCGAUCUUCUGCGGUCGACAAGGUGGUGUGUCUGAACGGGAGUGGAGGUGAUUCUCAAAAGCAACUCAAAACGAUGCAGUCGCGCGGCCUGUGUCAGGACUUUUCACGGGUGGAGUUUUUGGGUGUAAUGGAUUGUAUGGAUUGGAUUCCGGUGGAUGUGCAGGGGGAGGUGUUGGUGGAGGCGGUGGUGCCGUCACACUUACCAUCACACAAAGAUGAAGGGAGGUCGUGCAACGUCCUGCAUUUCGUCAACCCACGGAAGUCGUAUUGUGAGGAUGUGGUGGGGAGCCUGAUUGAGAAGAGUGGGAUGAAGGUGGUGCCGUGUGCGGAAUGGUUGCGUGAGCUUGUUAAAGCGGCUGAGAGGGAGGAUGUUGAGCGUGUGCCUGCCGUGAAACUAAUUGGGUUCUUUCAAGAGAUUUAG